UUCAAAUUGCAGUCCACUUAGCACGCAGCAAACAGUCAAAUGCGAGGCUAUAAAAAGCUCAAAUUAUGCCAUCGCUUUUCACAGUGAAAAUGUACAAGGUGAAGGAGCUGCAACUGACGUCGGAUAGCUUCGAUAAUCCCAUUUUCCGUCUGCACUUGCGCUGUUUUCGCUGGUAUGGCUAUGUGGCCUCCAUUGAGCAGCGCCAUCCGUGGCUCUCGCUGAUCCGCUGCACCGUCUUCACGGCCUCCAUUUGGGUGAGCUGUGCGAUGAUGCUGUCGCGCCUCUUCUUGUCCCGCGGCUACGAGAGCAUCAACGAAGACGCCACCAGCUGGGCGACUGCGGUACAAUAUUUCGCCGUCUCCAUUGCCACACUGAAUGCCUAUGUGCAGCGAGAGCGCGUAAUCAAGAUGCUGCGCACAGCUCAUGCAGAUCUGCAGCAAUUGAUAGUCGAGUCAGAUGCUCAGGAAUUGGAUUUGCUGCACGACACUCAGCGCUAUGUGAGGACCAUAACCCUUUUGCUCUGGGUGCCAUCGGUGGUGGCUGGCAUGAUGGCCUAUUUGGAUUGUAUUUAUCGCAUCAUCUUUUUGCCAAAGACCGUUUUCAACGUAGAUGCGGUGCGACGGGGCGAGGCACAGCCCAUUUUGCUCUUCAAGCUCUUUCCCUUCAACGAGCUGUAUGAUCAGUUUAUCGUUGGGUAUCUGGGACCGUGCUAUGCCCUGGCCCUAGGCAUUACCACUAUUCCCCUCUGGCACACGUUCAUCGCGUGCCUCAUGAAGUACGUGACGCUCAAGCUGCAGGUGCUCAAAAAAAGAACACUCGCCAUGGAUAUUAGACAUCUAAAACCGAAUCUCGUGGAUCAGCACCUGAGUCCGAGCGAACGCAUUUAUUGGCAAAUGCAGCUCUGCAAAUACUUUGUCCAGGAACAGCUGAAAAUACGUGAAUUUGUCCGGCAAAUCGAGCAGCUCAUUCGCAUACCUGUCAUGGCCGACUUUAUCAUAUUCUCUAUACUCAUUUGUUUUCUGUUCUUUGCUCUAAAUGUGGGCGUGCUCAGCACUAUGGAUUAUUUCUUUAUGUUUCUCUAUUUGUUUGUCAUGGCUGCGAUCCUGUGGAUCUAUCAUUGGCAUGCGACUCUAAUAGUUGAAAGCCAGAAUGAAUUGUGCUUUGCCUUUUAUGAUGUCGAUUGGUACACGUUUGGCCUACCUGUGCAGAGGAUGCUGCUGCUAAUGAUGAUGCACACCCAGAGGCCAUUGAAGAUUCGCGCUCUGCUGGUCGAGCUGAAUCUGAAAACCUUUCUCGAUAUUAUGCGUGGCGCUUACAGCUAUUUCAAUUUGUUGCGUAGUACGAAUUCGUAUUAGAUUUGCUUCACCAUUCGCAGUGCGCUUUUCGCUUUUCGCUCAGCGCUAAUCAAAUGCCGUUGCGCUUGUCAACUGGUCGUUUGGCUAACAUGACAGUUAACAUGGCUUGCAAUUCAUUUGCAAGGGAGAACAAAAACGAGUUGAUAGACGACGAGUUGGCAAAAUGCUAAAACAUUUUACAGCGCAAAUAAACGUGAUGCCUGCUACUCAAAAGCCAAUGGCAGUAACAAGCAACAUCAUUUAUCACUUUUGAGUUGCGUCUCUCGAAGCGAGUGUCAGGCGCAUUGUGUUUGUGUUUUAUUGUUAAAAUGUAUAUAGGUAUACAGUAUUCAGUGUACAUAUAUGUAUAGCCAAAGAUUUUUGCAGUUUUACUUAAACGUAAGUAUGCACACGACAAGCAGCCAGCCAAAAAACCCACCCACCCCCUGGACAGCCAACCACCCACCCAAUUUCAGCUGCCUUAGUUCUAAUUGUCUGGGGGGUUUCUCCAGUUACAGAAUUUAUGCGUCUGGUCUGCGUAAUAUCGGAAAACGGUCUGUCAAGCAACCACCACCAGGUCCAAAAAAUAGAAACUAACCGAAUCAACCGAAUUGUUGUACCCUUGGGUGUAUUUUUUAAUAAUAUUAAGAGUAUAGACAAAAGCAACCGCACUCAAAACAACAGUCAGCGAGCCAAGCCAACAAACAAUAAUAAACACGCAUAUUGUUUGCGGUUGUUGCGCGUCCCGGGGAUUAUAUACACAAAGUGGCUAAAUGGCUGAUAAAGGCGAACACACAACACGCUGAAGAGUGUCUCACUGCCACACAGCGAGGCACACAGAGAAAAAAUGCAGAUACUAAUGAGUAUUAAUGGGUUCAAGCCAUGGCAGGUAUCGCUGCACAAUGGGAGAGGGUGCAUAUGGGGUGCCAACUAACUACUCCUAACAAGCAACAGACAACAGCAAAAAGGGUUGCUCUACACUCAGCUCAGAUACGCAUCUCUGAAAAGUGAGCUGUUGAUGUGGAAACAAAAUAAAAUUGGAAUGGAAACAAAGGCACAUUUGGCGGCAUAAAUAUA